CUGACACUCUCUGUUUGCAGGUGGACAACCAGUUGCCCGGCGCCAUCUUCCCGAUUGUCUUCCAUCCCGUUCCUCCGCCCAAAUCCAUCGCUCUGGACUCAGAGCCGAAGCCCUUCAUCGAAGUGUCCGUAAUCACGAGGUUCAACCGGCACAGCAACGUCAUGCAGAUCAAGUACUUCAUGGCUCUGGUUCAGGAAAUGGCGGUAAAGAUCGAUCAGGGUUUCCUGUCGGCCAUCUUGGCUCUGUUCACCCCCGCUGUUGAGCUUCAUGCCGAGCGGCAGAAGGCCGGGCUGCUGGAUAAAGACCUGAAGAAGCUUCAGACGGAGCUGAUGGAGACUUCGCUCUCCGACCAGUCCACUCUCAGCUUCUUCCAACACUUCCACAUCUCCCCCAUCAAGCUGCACCUGAGUCUGUCUCUGGGCUCCUCCGGCUCAGAGGAGUCUCCCGAGGCGAUGCAGAGUCUGAACCUGCUGCUGCAGAGCAUCGGAGCCACGCUGACUGACGUGGACGACAUCGUCUUCAAGCUGGCCUUCUUCGAGGUGAAGUACCAGUUUUAUCGCAGAGAGAAGCUGAUGUGGGCGGUGGUCCGGCAUUACAGCGAGCAGUUCCUGAAGCAGAUGUAUGUUCUGGUUUUGGGUCUGGACGUCCUGGGGAACCCGUUCGGACUGAUCCGUGGUCUGUCCGAGGGUGUGGAGGCCUUUUUCUACGAGCCUUUCCAGGGAGCCGUCCAGGGCCCGGAGGAGUUUGCUGAGGGCUUCGCCAUUGGGGUCCGCACCCUGCUGGGAAACACCGUCGGGGGCGCUGCAGGGAUGGUAUCCAGCUUUGCAUCCUGGGUAAGAUAAGAUAAGAAGUACUUU